AUGGCCAGCGCUGAAGAAGUUGCGGCCUUGAGAGCACAGCUCCUCGAACUUAACGAGGGUUUGAAAAGAGCGAAUGCCGCGUACCAGGCUCAGCAAGAGAGAUUGUCUAGGACCGAACAAGCCUUGGCAGCAGCGCAACUUACCGCACAAUCAGCGGGUGCAACAGCGCAAGCAGCAGGAGUUACGGCGCAGGCUGCAGGAGCUGCGGCUCAGGCUGCAGCGUCGCCAAAAGAAAGCAAACAACUGAUACAUCCCAGCAAUGUGCCAAAACCGCAUCAGUACAAUGGAAAAAAAGAAGAGUGGGAAAAGUUUCGGCAUGUGUUCACAGCCUGGAGCUCAACAGUGCAUGCUGAUUAUCCUGCGUUACUUGACAAGUAUGGGGCCUCCAAAGAACCUGUAGAUGAUGCUUCGUUUUCGCCAGAAGAAGAUCAGCUUUCAAAGGCCAUGUACACUUUCCUGAUCCAGUACUGCCCUGAACCCACCAUGGGUGUAGUAGGCCAAGGGCUUCACAACGCCAAUGGCUUUGAGGUUUGGAGGCGGUUGGUUCAGCUCAGCGAGCCGGCCUACAGAACAAAGGCAUGGGUGUGGAGGCGACACUUGGCCAAUCCCAAUUUCCCUUCAGAUCCUGCGUUGUGGAGUUCGGCUUUGCAUCAAUGGGAAUCAGAGCUGAGAGAGUUUGAGAGAGCGUUCAAGACACCAAUGUCAGAAGAAGAGAAGAUUUCGAUCAUUGCACAUGUUGCGCCAAAGGAGUUGCAGCAGAGCAUUUUCAUGCACAGCGACGCACUUGACACGUAUGGUAAAAUUAGGGGGUACAUCGAACAGUACCUGAUCAACAAGAAUCUUUGGAAAAGGCCACAUGGAUCCCAGUUUGGUUUGACCAAGGUUACCAACAAAGUUGCGGACAACCCUGUUGACGAUGGAGGUCCAAGGGACAUGGAGAUAGGAACGGGAGGUUCGAGUACAGUGGGAUCUGUUGCGCCGUACUCGCCGGACAACGUUAUCUUUUCCGUGUGUGAGGACAGAAUCGCAGCAGUCAGGACCCAUGAUGACUUGCAUUAUGUUUUGAUUGAUUCUGGAGCGUGUGAAAGUGUAGCAAAGGUUGGUGAUUUCAAAGAACCGGUUGACAAGAGCGGGGCGAGACCGCUUUACAGUGUGCAAGGCACCCCGUUGAACGUGUACGGGAAGCAGUACCCACAUGUUGCCGUAGGUAAUCUUCAGGGGGUGAUGGAGAUGACGGUGACAGAUGCUGCUGAGAGUUUGUUGUCGGUGCACAGUCUGGUGCAGAGAGGCCACCAGGUACACUUCACACCGGAAGGAUGCCACCUGACUACAAAGGACGGUGAGCGCAUUCCUUUGGAGUUGCAUGGUAAGCGUUGGUACCUCCGACUGAAGAAGGUUGGAGCCAGCUCCGGGGAACACCGGCCUGGAGACAGGGUAGCACCUGUGGCACCAGUAGACCGAGGUAGAGACGACGACGAGGGAGUGGACAGCUGGAGACGGGAAAGCAAGGAUGGAGACGAGUACCUGAUCAGAGUCCACAACUCACGUCGGGUUUGCUUGUUCUCACCUGACAGGGUGAAGGAUCUACCCGUGCCGCUGGCAAGGAUAAUGCCAGGAAGGUUGACAAAGAUCGUAUAUGCCUUGGAUGGUGCGACCGAGGACCACCAAGGAGUGUGGACUGAAAAGAGGUUGGCCACCAAAAGCAUGAAGAAGGCAUGGACUGGCGAAUCUUGGUUCAAACUCAAGCCGGAGCCGGAACCGCUAGUGAACGCGGACAAAACGGAUGACAAGGAUGCGUAUGUGGAAUGGGACAUCUAUCAACCAAGUGACGUGGAGAAAGAGACGGCUGAUGACCUGUCGUUUCUUCGUGAGUUGGAGAGACCGGUAGAAAGGCAUGUGCUGGAUGAUGGUGAUGUUGAGCCCUCCCCUGAGGCAGUGGCAGUGCCCUAUCAGCCCACAGAUGCUGAGAAGCAGUUGCACAGAUUGCAUCAUGCAAACUUUGAGCCGUGGUGCGAAACUUGUGUGAAAGGGCAAGGAAGGGGCAAGCCACACUACAGGGCAAAGGAGGACUCAAAGAAUCACAUCGUGUAUUCGGACUACAUGUUCUUCACAAAGGACGGGACACAGGUGGCAAAAGACACAAAGGAAAAAGGACUCAUAACAGUCCUAACCGCCAUCGACAAGGACAGUCAGUAUCCUUUUGCGUCCGUUGUUCCAGCCAAAGGCGCGGGGGCUUUCGCAGUGGAUGCAAUGACCAAGUGGCUUGAUCAGCUAGGAUGGGAUCAGGUGAUGGUGCAAAUCGACCAAGAGAAUGCACUAGGCAGCUUGUACGAGAAGGUCAAGCUUAAGAUGCAGAACAAAAUGAAAAUCCGGAGGUCGCCAAAGCACAGUUCACAAUCACUUGCUGACGGCGAAAUGGUCAAUGGUUUGAUCGCCGGUAAAAUUCGGACAUGGAUGGCAGAGAUAGCAACAGGCUAUGGUGAAGGUUUGAGGUGUGAUGGGAUGUUGUUCCCAUGGGUGGUGCGGCAUGCUGCAUGGACACUUGCGAGAUAUCACCUUAACAAGUCCAAGACAACACCGCACAAAGUGAUUUGUGGACAUGACUACGUGGGCGAGUUGGUACCGCUGGGGGAGACGGUCAUGGCAAAGUUCUCAGCAAGUCAGCAGAAGGCGGCGCCUCGAUGGACUAAGGGAAUCUACGCGGGAAAGACGCUGAUGUCGGACGAACACUUGGUGUUGACGAGUGCUGGAGUUGAGACGGUGCGGACAGUCCGCAGACUGCCAGCAGGGUCCCAAUUUCAGCUUGAGACCUUGAAACAGGCGCGGGGAGUGCCGUGGAACACUUUGGAAGGAGUUGAUCGGAUCAAGCCUGCUCAGGAGAAAUCACGGCCAGCGGCGUCAGCGCUGCCAACCGCAGAGCCUGAGGAGCUCUACGAUUUCCAUGGGGAAAGUGGACCAAAAGCAGCAGUGCCAGUGAUCAUGCUUCCUGCACCACGAGUAGAGACCCAGGAGGGACCAGUGGUGAAGAAAGCGCGCACAGAUGCUGCGACAGCUGCGCCGGGUGACACCGGAAAGCCUGGUGAGAAUGGGGGACCGGAGAGGUUCAACAUAGCAACUCCAGGUGAAAGUAUGGCCACAGGAAGUGAGGCGCAGAGCAUGGAAGUGUCAAGGGCAAACUCAGAUGCAUCAAUGAGGGCACCAGGUGAAGCAUCUCAAAGAAUGAUCUCAGCGAUUGCAAAUGAUGGCGAAUGGGACAUGAAAGGCACCAGGAGUGUCACGAAGGAAGACAUAAUGAACUACAGAAGAUGGGUCAAGCAACACCGGGACUGCUUCAGCAAGGUGAUGGUCGCCAACAUUAUGGACUACCUUGACACCCUCUCGCCCAAUGAGAUGGAUCUCCAAGAAGCUCGCAGGGAGGAAAUCCGCAAGCUUAACGAUGUCUUUGGAGCUUUCACUCCUCGAGACAGGAGGGAACUACCGCGAGACAUCACUAUCUUUGGGCAUCGAUGGGUGGAUAAGGUCAGUGAGGGCAGAGUCAAAAGCAGACUUACAUGCCAGGAUUUCAAGAAGAAGCAGACGUCAGAAGAGAGACACAGUUCUGAAGGAGCAAACAACUUUUGCCCCACGCCACACGCGGUGAGUCGAAAGGUUUUGGAGGUCUACAGUUUGAAAACUGGUUUACCACGCGUGAAGGUGGAUCUCACCUCAGCCUUCCUCAUUGCAAAAGACAGUGGUGAUGACAAAGGACAACCUGUCAUGAUGAGGCCUCCAGCCGAGUGGCUGGAGGAAUAUGACGAGUGGUUGCUAAAGCAAAGCAAAGAGGUCCAGGCAGAGCUGGGUAACGUGCCCAAAGAAAGCAUUGUGUGGCAGGUGGACGGAAACGUGUAUGGGAGACAACCAGCAGCUGCUUCGUACCGAGAUCGACUAGAAGAAAUUCUACUACGCCAGCUUCCAAAGGACAAGUACUCCUUCUCACGCGGGAAGCUAGAUGCUUGUGUUUACAAGUGCAAACUCACAGGCAUAGUACUCAUUCACCAUAUCGAUGACUUUGACGUUUGCGGACCAGAGGAAAUGACGGAUGAUCUUCUGCUCGUGCAGCUACCAAGAAACGGCUGCAAGGUCAAGGUUGGCGAAUAUGAGUACCCAGGUUUGGGAAGCCAAACGUCCACGGAGUAUCUGGGACGCACAAAGAUCAACACGGAAGAUGCGGUGAUCACAAAGCCAAACAGGAAGCACAUCGAGUACAUCCUUAAAAGUUUGGGCCUGGAGGAAGCGAAGAGUUCUUCGGUGCCUGGGCGGAAGCUGGAACUCAAAAAGGACGGCCUGCUGAAUGAACAGGACAAAGCUUUGUUUGCGAGCUGUGUAGGAAGUGCGAUUUACCUCAGUCAAGACAGAGCUGACAUCAAGUACAGCGUGAAAGAACUGGCAAGAAGGAUUCGAGAGCCAAGGGUUUGCGACAUGCAGAAUCUUAAGAUCUUAGGGAGGUAUUUGCAGGGCACAAAAGACAUGGGACAUGUUUCUGUAGCAGAUGCUAGAAAUGAUGAGAGCGUCGACUUGCAUUGCUACUGUGACUCAGACUGGGCCGGGAACGAAGAAGACCGUAAAAGUACUAGUGGGGAAAUCUUGUUUCUAGGAGGGACAGCCGUUGAGUGCAACAGUCACACACAACCCGGAACUCCAGCAACAUCUUCAGGCGAGGCUGAGAUUAGGGCGCUCAACCAUUGUGCUCUUAGUGCAGUGUUUGUACGCAAUCUUGCGCAGGAAGAUUUUGGCAUGACAGUUAAUGUCCCGCGUAUUUGGUGCGAUUCCUCAGCGGCGCUGCAAGCCGCCAAGAAGAUGGGAGUAGGAAAGAUGCGGCACAUUGAAAUAGCACAUCUUGUCAUUCAGGACUUAGUGAAGAACAAGAAAGUGAUCAUAGGCAAAAUUGAGGGAACCGAAAACCCUGCGGAUAUCCUCACGAAAUAUUUGAAGACAGGAGAUGAGAUGAAGAGAGGAACUGAGAGAGUGGGACUGGUUGAUCUGACUGAAAGGGGUUUGGACAACCAUGUCAGCAAAAUGAGCAUGAAAUCGGUGGGAGCGGUUGCAAACAACAAGCCCUGGAAACCGCAGCACAGCUCAAGUCUAAGCAUUAGGCAGUAUCACAGUGCACUCUUGAAGAGCAAGAGAAAGAACACGUAA